GAAGGUGUGUGGGGGUGGGGUUUGAGUGUGUGUUUUGGUGGGGAGAGAAUGAGCGGCUCGGAGAGAUGGACGCUGUGCACCUCUCCUGUAUUCCCUGUGGACAACCUCUCCAUAUAAAUGGCGUUUGCGACGGCAACAGAAGUCCCACAACUUUCUUCACGAUUUGUGGCGCCAUGUCUACUCUCUUGCGCGCCCUCGUAGCUGCAGCGCUGCUGCUCCUUGUGUUCCCCCGCGCCGGCGCCGGCGCCGACGCCAAGGCUGAGGAUGACCACCAUGGGAAAAUUAGAUACAAAAACCACGUCCACGGCAAUCAUCUGAAGGGCCACCACGGGACCUUCAAGUCCGGCAAGUGGGAAUUCGCGCACGCCACCUUCUACGGAGGCAGCGAUGGCUCCCAAACAAGAGAGGGCGCAUGCGGCUACGAGGACACGGUGACCGAAGGGUACGGGCUGCAGACGGCCGCCACGAGCACGGCUCUGUUCAACGACGGCCUCAUCUGCGGCGCCUGCUUCGAGAUCAAGUGCGUAAAUGACAAGGAGUGGUGCAAGCCGGGCCACCCUUCCAUCUUCGUCACCGGCACCAACCUUUGCCCACCCAACUACUACCAGUCCAGCGACAACGGAGGCUGGUGCAACCCUCCCCGUGUGCACUUCGAUCUCACGCAGCCAGCCUACCUCCAGAUCGCCCAGUACAAGGCCGGAAUCGUGCCGGUGGCCUACCGCAGGGUCCCGUGCAAGAAGCGGGGAGGCAUCAGGUUCACCACCUCCGGGAACCCCUACUUCCUCCUCGUCCUGGUGUGGAACGUGGCCGGCGCCGGGGACGUCCACAACAUGCAGAUCAAGGGGAACAAGGUGGGGUGGACUGCCAUGUCCAGGAACUGGGGGCAGCGCUGGCAGACCAACGUAGACUUAACGGGGCAGUCGUUGUCGUUCCGGGUCACCGCCAGCGACGGCCGCCGCUCCACCUCUUGGCACAUCACCCCCCGCAACUGGCAGAUCGGGCAAACCUACGAAGGCAAGAACUUUAAGUUCUGAGCAACGCAGCAGAAGCUCCACCUAAACCCGUAGUUCGUCCUACGGAUCAUAUCUCUGAGCUUGAGAUUCAUAGACUUCCCUGAAGACCGAUCGA